UCAUUGUAUAAGCAGAAACAUAUAAGAAAUAGAGUUAAUAUUUAGAACUACUUUGUUUGUGCGUAUUUACAUCUAUCUUUCACUAUCGUCGAGGGUCGGGUCAACGCGCGUUGAUGCAGCAGAGCGUGUAGCGUAGAAGAGAGAAGUGAGUGUGGACGUUAAUUUGUCUGUCGUCUCGUUUUGAAUGUUCUUCUGGUUCAUCAUGACAACUUUAUAAACUGUGUUGUAAAAAUUGUGAAACAUUUUGAAAGAUGAAGAUUUUACCAACGUCCUCAAAACUCUGUUUUUGGACAGCAGUGUUUUACACAGUUCUAGUCUCCGUGAUUUCUCUUCCAAGCGUCAACAAGGAUGUCGUGAAUGGAGAGAUGGUUCGUCUCCAGUGUAGGUUUAAUCCAGCGCUAUCUUCCGGGAAAGUUUUAUACUACUGGAUCAGGACAAACAAGGAUGGGAAAGAUAAUGCUGCUAUCAGCGAUGUAGCCCUAGAUCCACACUACCAAGUUGAAUUUACUCCGAGUGAAGGCAGAUAUGAUCUCUUUAUCACACACGCCAAUUAUGACACGGACAAUGGUCAUUUUGAAUGUAAACUGAAGGAGGGGGGCAGUGGAGCUGACAUCCACAACAUGGCCUUCACCGUCACAGUCCUCAUCCCACCAGGACCACCAAACAUUAUUCCCACUAACCCUACAGCGAGAGAAGGAGAGCCAUUCACUCUUACAUGUUCUAGCGAAGGGGGUAGUCCUGAUCCUCUCAUCCAGUGGUACAGGAAAGGAACCCCACUACAAGGUCAGCUUCGGAAAGGAGGAUCGCGCGAUAAGCCUACCUCUAGCGUCUUAACAAUAUCUCCAAGAAUGGAAGAUGACGGUGCCAUCUAUCGGUGUACUGUGUGGAACCGAGCCAUUCUUGAGGAACAGAGAUUAGAAACCAGUAAUACGUUAAAAGUUCAUUAUUCCCCAAGAAUAUCCUUUGGGCCCUAUAAUCCUUUGAGUGUAUUAGCCGGAAAAGAUGCAGUUCUGACCUGUUUUGUUAUAGCUAGUCCUCCUGUCCAUUCUGUUCGUUGGAUGAAAAACGGCCACCUUUUGUCCAACACUCACAAACACACCAUUUUAGGUGUAACUCCAGAUGACAGUGGAAUUUACACUUGUAUCGCAGAUAACGGGGUUGGAAAAGCCAGCCAAGCCGAUCUUAAACUUUCUGUUUUAUAUGAACCUAAAGUCACUGUUGACAAGCAGAAAGAAGUAUCAAAAGGAGAAUCUUUAUCAGUAAAAUGCAAUGUGGAUUCAAACCCACCACCCAACUCGUUGAUCUGGUUAAAAGAAAAUGACCCUUUUUUCCGGAAAAGCGGCGACACUUUGCACCUUAAAGCAGUAUUUCCUGAUGACUCUGGAAAGUACAUUUGCCAGGCAACCAACAUUUUGGAGGCAUCCGGUUCUGGAACUCGGGAACAUUCCAGAAGCAACGCAACCGUUAUUGUUCACGUGCGACACAAACCUGGGGAUGUUGAAAUUGUCCCUAACAACAACCCAGUGGCUGUAGCCGGACAGCCUUUCACGUUGACUUGUUUAGCACGUCCUCGAGGAUGGCCACUACCGGAGUACCGCUGGUGGAAGGAAGGUAAAGAAGGUACAAACUUAGCUAGAAGGAUAAACUAUACUAUCGUACCAAUACACGUGAGUCACGAAGGCCAGUACUACUGUCAGCCUCGGAACCCUCUUGGUCAAGGCAGCAUAGGAUCUGUUUAUCUCACUGUUCAUGAACCACCAUCUCUUGUGAUACCUUUGAGGCCGCAAGUAAUUAAGCGAGAUGGAGAUGCCAGUUUCGGUGUUACUUGCAAGGCUCGUGGGAAGCCCAAACCUAAGAUCCAGUGGCUAAAAAAUGGACAAGAAAUUUCUGAGAAAACAGAUUUAUUUUCUAUUGAAACUACUGACUAUGUAGAAGAUAAGAAUGCAUACUCUGUGCAAAGUACUUUGACCUUUCAAGGUCCAGGUAGAGCACGAGAAACCCUUUCUCUCACCGACAGAGGGCAAUAUACUUGUGAGUUUAAGAACGGAUUUGGAGAACCUGCAAAAUCUGAAAUGAUGCUUCGAAUAGAACAUUCACCUGUUGUUAGACAUACUUACAAUCGCAUGGCGUUUGACAAUGGAGAAACCGCUUUUCUACAAUGCAAGAUGCAAGCUUAUCCUGAGCCAUCUUUUGAGUGGUCUUUCAAAGGACGCAUCUUGGACAAUUAUGGAAAUUAUGGAACCAAUGUUACAGAUCUUGGGGAGGACAUCUUCUUAGGAUCUUUAUCCAUCAGGGAUGUGAAGGAUUCAGACUAUGGUGAUUACACAUGCCAAGCCUGGAAUCAAGUUGGUGAUGAUGAAAAGACCAUCAUAAAACUUGUCAGAAAAAGUGCCCCAGAUAGACCUACAGGUCUUGAUGUAAUGGAUGUUAACUCCAAUCAAAUCACAUUAAGAUGGACUGAAGGAUUCAAUGGAGGCUUUUCAAAUACAGAAUUUAUAGUCACAUACGUAAACCUUGAGACAGGACAUGCCAAAAAUGAAUCCUGUCGUAACCAGAACCCUUGUCAAAUUACAGGACUUCAGUCAAAGACUAACUACAGAUUUAAAGUCAUGGCUGUAAAUCCACGUGGUUACAGUCCAUAUUCUGAUGAUAUAGUUGUUUCCACAAAAGUGAACCUAAAAGAUAUGCCUCGUGCAGCUGUUGCUCAGUAUGAUAGGGGGUCACACCAUGUGUUUUUUCGAGUGAGCCCUACAAGUUUCAGUUUACUUGCUAAGGUUGAAGCUAGACAAGCUGGGGAAACAGAAUGGCAGUUACAGAAAACAAUUCCUGUGGAACAUGAAGAAGUUGAAGUUUAUAUAAACUCGGAUCACAAUGAAUUUAGUGAUGUUCGGAUCGUUUUAUGUCUUCAGAGCAAUGAAACGUGGUGUGGAGAUGAAAAGUUAGCAGAACCGUAUAUUGGUGGAAUUCCUCAAGCAGUUGGAGCCAAACCCCCACUCUCCACAGCUCACAUGAUUGUUAUUGCAACCGUUGCAGCUGCGGUCUUCUUGUUACUUGUGAUUGUUGUCAUAUGCUGUUGUUGGAAGAGGAAAGGAAAAAAAGUUGAUAAAAGAGAUUAUGAAAUGAAAUCAACCAAUUCCCCACCAAAUGCAAUAUCCCCUCCAUACUAUGCACAUGGUACAAUUGGUAACAAAGGUGUGGAAGAAACAUUAGAUGAUGUUAGCAAAGUUCCCAUGUAUUCACAUUCUCUUCAUGGCAUUAAUGGGGAACUGAUGAAUGGUCACUUAUCUCCUAAUUCUCAUCAUGCUAAUGUGAUGAUGUACCUACCAGAGCAAGAAGUAGGUGGUAAUGAUAGCCAUUCAGAUUUGUGGAUGAAAGGAGGGGGAGAAUUACCUCCUGAGGGUUCCUACAACCCCUAUGAUGGUGGCUUACCUAAUGGCUACUACUACCCAGAGGACUAG